UUUAUGAAAAUUAUUUAAACAAAUAAAAUAAUCUCUAGGGCCGCAGUUCUUUGUAAAUUUGCUUCUGCACACGAUCAAAUGAUUUUUUUGUCAUGAAAAAAACCCGGGAAAAUUCAAAAAAUGCUCGUGAUGAAGGAAAAAAGUUUUUUGAUCCAAUGGCGGUGACAUGGGCGGAAAAGUACGACGUGCAGCUGACCAAAAUUUGGAAUUUUAUACCUGAGAAUAUUGCCAAAGUUAUCGCAUCAUUAGCUGUGUUUGUGUUAGGAGUUUCAAUAAAUGGAGACUGGAUUAUCGUAUGGCUCCAUUUCUCAAGACAACUCGGAUAUCACCAGAAUUUAAAUGGUACAUCCCGAUGGAGAGACUUAUCACUGGCGCAUUUUAAGCUGAACAAUUUGUGGAACUUCAUUUGGCCAUCCAUUAUUAUAUCCUAUGGAAUGUAUAUUUUAGUCGGAGGAUUUUUACAUUGGUAUUACUAUGUUCGCCAAAGAGAUAAGCCAGAAGAAUGGAAAUGUCAACCUCAAAAAUGGCUAUCACCCGAAUUGGAAAAAAACGAAAUUUUAUGGGGCUCCUUUACAUUGUUUCUGAAUGCAACAGUUAGCUCUCUUCUAGCAUGUUACAUAAGUAACGGCGGGUAUAGUACAGUUUAUUAUGAUUUUGGUGAGAAAGGCUGGUUGUGGUUAAUUUUAUCGUUUCCACUUAUUUUUAUUUAUCAGGAUUAUAUGACUUAUUGGCUGCAUCGAGUGUACCACAUGCCCUUCUUAUACAAACGAUUCCAUAAACUACAUCAUCAAUACAAACAACCUACAGCCUUUUCUGUAACUGCAAUACACCCUGUAGAAUCUAUACACAUUCAGCUUGUUUUGUCAGCUCCAUUAUUUUUAGUUCCAAUUCAUUGGCUUCCAUUUUAUGUAGCAACAUUUUACGCUUACUACCACGGAAUAAUCGAUCACUCAGGAAUCAAUUUCAAAUCUUUUUGGUGGCAACCCUGGCAACCUGAUGCCAUUUUUCAUGACAAUCAUCAUCAGUAUUUCCAUGUUAAUUUUGCUUUUAAUAUUUAUUACUGGGAUAAACUACACGGUACCUAUAGAAGAAAAGAUAGAGUAUAUCAUGAAGGUAUUUUUUACGGAACUGGAAAGUCAAUAGAGGCAGCUACUACUGAGGAGUUGAAGACAGAUGUAGAAGAAAGAACUUUGGAAAAUCCGUUGGCUUAUAGAGAAGAAAUGAUGCCGUUCAAGUUCUCUGAAAAAGAGGUUGAAAGCCUGAAAAAGGCGACUUAAUAUUUUAAAUUAUUGUAUUAUAAAACCUAAUAUACUUAGCCCUUGUCCAUUUCGCUUUUAUUUAUUAUAAUAUUUAUAAACCCAAUUAACAUAAAUGCC